AUGGCCUCACCGUCGGCGGGGAAUGCCGGCCAGGCUAGUUCCGCGGUGCAGUUGUAUGCGCAAGCUGUGAAUAAAAAAAGUGGAGGUUCAACAAAGAGUGAUGAAGAGGAGUGUGAGGAAGACUGGUGUGAUAAUGUUGCUCGAGUUCCAUAUGGUGAAACUAUGUCUCAAGAGAAAGUGGAUCAUGCGGAUAGUAUUAAAUUGACUGAAGGUGGGAACCAAGGUUUCCAUCAGGGGGAAUUGGCUCUGGGUUAUUCGUCAGAGAAUGAUGAAGGUGAAAUUUCAACAUUGGAGGGCAAAGAAAAAAUACCUUUCUCGGCUGAGAAAAGGAUGGUAAUGCUAGGUAGUUUUCUGAACUAUCACCAUUUUAUAUCGAAUGAAAAUCAGGGCGGUAAAUUGUGGUUGUUUUGGAAGGAUAUGAAUGCCUUUGAGGUGAUUUCAAUCACGACUCAAAUGAUUCCAGGUGGUUCUUCAAGGAAGGCCAAAGGAUGUUGGCAGCAAGUCUCUGUGUUCAUUUGGAGCAUGGGACGAUAUGCUGCAGUUUCGUGGAUUUUCAUGUUCUCAAGUUUGGUGCCCUUCAUCAGUUGUGAUGCAGUUGCAGCUACAAGGGAAAGGUGGUUUUUGCAAGAAGGGAGCCAUGAAAUGGGCAACAAAUACCAAAAUAGGUAUGCUGAAGAAGCUGAACACGGAAAACUUGCAGCUGGUCAUCACUGGGAAGAGUCUGGUGUUGGUUCUAGGUCUGGUUAUGGUGGUGGUCUGGGCAUGCAUCAAUUGAGCUUUCAUGGUGCAUUGGGUGUUGGCACUGGCAGUAAGACUCAAGGAGAAAAGGGACAUCUUGGUGGGGGUUUUGGAGGCGGAGGCGGAGGCGGAGGCGGAGGCGGAGGUGGGGACGGAGGGAGUGGGGGUCGGCUAGGGAAUGGUGGCAGUGGCUAUGGGUCUGGAUCCGGUGGUGGCAUUGGUCAUGGUAAUGGUGGUGGCUACGGGUCGGGCAGUGGAAGUGGCAGUGGUUCUGGUGGCUAUGGCAAUGGUGGGAUUGGUAGUGGUGGUGGUGGCAGUGCUUAUGGAUCAGGUAGUGGCAAUGGUGGUGGCAUUGGUAGCAGCUAUGGACCAGGUGGUGGCAAUGGCAAUGAUGGUGGUGAUGGUUAUGACAGUGGUGGGAAUGGUGGUGGAGGCAGUGGCAAUGGCAGUGGUUACAGCAGUGGUGGAAUUAGUGGCGGUGGUGGUGGCGGUGGCGGUGGCGUUGGUGUUGGCGGCAGCGGCAGUGGCAAUGGCAGUGGUUACAGCAGUGGCAGCAUUGGUGGUGGCGGCGGCAGUGGCAACGAUGACGGUUAUGGCAGGGGCGGUGGCGGUGGCGGUGGCAGUGACGCAGGUUUUGGCGGGAAUGGUGGAACUGGUGGUGGUGGUGGUGGUGGUGGCGGGGGCAGUAAUGAUGGUGGUUACGGUGGUGGUGGGGGUGGGGACAAUGGAGGUGGUCUUGGAGAUGGUAGUGGGACUGGUUAUGGCUCUGGAACAGGCCAAGGUGGUGGAUUUGGUGCAGGCUCUGGUAAUGGCAAUGGAUGGAAUGGUGGUGGUUAUGGCACAGGUGGUGGAGGGAGUGGGGGGUUGGGGUCUGGUUCAGGUGGUGGCGGAGGCGGGUAUGGAUCAGGCACAGGUUCAGCAUAUGGCAGUGAGGGCAGUGUUGGCAGUAGCAUAGGGAGUGGAGGCAUAGGAGGGGCUCCCGUGUAA